AUGGAAGGCCUGCUAACAAGAUGGAGAGCAUUGUGGAGCCGGGCCACCUGCAGGCGUCACCACUGUGCCCCAGGGAGAGGGAAACGUUUAGUACUGUCCUGCAUGUUCCAGCCACAGAACCUGCGAGAAGACCAGCUGCUGUCCCUGGAGGGCAGAUCUGGCGAGCUGACCUGUAAGAGCCAGCGACUGAUGCUUCAGGUGGGCCUGAUCCACCCGGCGAACCCCGGCUGUUACCACCUUCUGCCUUACACAGUGCGUGCCAUGGAGAAGCUCGUGCGGGCAAUAGAUCAGGAGAUGCAGGCUAUCGGGGGGCAGAAGGUCAACAUGCCCAGCCUCAGCUCAGCAGAGCUCUGGCGAGCCACCAGCCGAUGGGACCUGAUGGGCAAGGAGCUGCUGAGACUUAGAGACAGACACGGGAAAGAAUACUGCCUAGGACCAACUCAUGAGGAAGCUAUCACGGCUCUGGUUGCCUCUCAGAAGACACUGUCCUACAAGCAGCUCCCGCUCCUGCUGUACCAGGUGACAAGGAAGUUUCGGGACGAGCCCAGGCCCCGCUUUGGUCUUCUCCGAGGCCGAGAGUUUUACAUGAAGGACAUGUACACCUUUGAUUGUUCCCCAGAGGCUGCCAGGCAGACCUACAGCCUGGUGUGUGGUGCCUAUUGCAGCCUGUUUAGCAGGCUGGGGCUGCCGUUCGUCCAGGUCCAGGCGGACGUGGGCAGCAUAGGGGGCACAAUGUCUCAUGAGUUCCAGCUACCAGUGGACAUUGGUGAGGACCUACUUGCAGUCUGUCCCAGCUGCAGCUUCGCAGCCAACAAGGAGACACUAGACUCGGCACAAGCCAACUGCCCUGUGUGCCAGGGACUGCUGACCGAAACCAGAGGCGUUGAGGUGGGCCACACGUUUUACCUGGGUACCAAGUACUCCUCCAUUUUCAAUGCCCAGUUUGCCAACAUCCACGGCAAACCGUCGCUGGCUGAAAUGGGGUGCUAUGGCUUGGGUGUGACACGGAUCUUGGCUGCCGCCAUUGAAGUCCUCUCUACAGAGGAUUGCAUUCGCUGGCCAGGCCUCCUGGCCCCUUACCAAGUCUGCCUCAUUCCCCCUAAGAGGGGCAGCAAGGAGGAAGUGGCCACAGAGCUCAUGGGGAAUCUGUAUGACCACAUUGCAGAGGCGGUGCCUCAGCUUCAUGGCGAGGUCCUUCUGGACGACAGGGCUCAUCUGACCAUUGGAAACAGACUGAAAGACGCCAACAAGCUUGGCUACCCCUUUGUGAUCAUCGCUGGCAAGAGGGCUCUGGAGGACCCUUCACAUUUUGAGGUUUGGUGCCAGAACACCAGUGAAGUGGUCUUUCUCACCAAAGAAGGUGUGGUGGAAUUACUGAGUCGGGUGCAAGUCGUCUAA